AUGUAUAAAUAUGUAAAAUCCUUUUUUUUGUUGUUAUUAUAUAUAUUAUUUUGUAAGUGUACAAAUUCAUAUAACAAAAAAUAUAUCGAUAGGCAGUGGAAUUUUGUUAAUGUUUCUUCGAAAAUUCAGAACAGUAACAAUAACAUAUACAUAUUUAAGGCAUUCAAGAGUCAAAUAAAAAAAAAUAAAAAUAUUAUCCAGUCUAAGCAAAAUGCAAAUUUGGAAGAAAUCAAGAAACUGAGACAAGUUAUAAAGGAGAUAAAAAAAGACAACAUAGAGGAGUUUUAUGACGAAGAAAAGAAAAAGAGAGAAAAGGAAACGACAGCAUGGAAGGUCAUCCUCUAUAAUGAUGAUAUUCACAAUUUCACCUAUGUGACUGACGUCAUUGUAAAAGUAAUUGGACAAAUAAGUAAAGCGAAGGCGCAUACAAUUACUGUUGAGGCUCAUAGUACAGGGCAAGCUCUCAUUUUAUCAACUUGGAAAUCAAAAGCAGAAAAGUAUUGCGAAGAACUGCAAAAAAAUGGAUUAACAGUUUCAAUAAUUCAUGAAAGUCAAUUAAAAAGUAAGAAGAACCAAGAUACAAACUCUUAA